AUGUCGCGCCCGUGCGACGACGCGCGGUACGUCGACGCCGCCAUCGCGGGCAUACGUCCGCCGGCUGGUAAACCGCGGACGCCGCGCGCGAGCGACGGACGCGAGCUGUGUAAACUCUUCAUGCUCCGGGACAAGAGUUGUGACUUUCCAAACUGUCAGCGCGCGCACCUCGACGUGCCGUCGCGCCCGCGAUGCGAGACGUUUGAAAAGUACGGAUUUUGUGACCGCGGCGACGCGCGCGAUUGCUGGCUCAGGCACGAACCGUGCGAGGCGUGGGAGAUGGAUGUGUGCUUGAUGGUGGACAUGGAGAUGGCGGCGCGACACGUCGAGCGCGCGCGAAGAAUUUUAGGUCCGCGAGCCGUGGUUAAGGCGGGGCGAAUCAAAUUGUCGAGACACACGGAUGCGCUGAUAUGUAUAAAAAGUGACGCGCUCGGCGCGGCGGGAGCGAUGCGAGCGCUGUAUAGAGAGGAACCGUACGGGAUGGCGAAGACGAAGCGGACGUUCGUGUUUCCGCGAGAGGGUGGUUGGAGUAGGACGUUCGAGGGGUUGGAGUGGGAUGACGAAGCGAUUCGCGCUAUGGAUGCGUGGUUAGAGAAGUGUAUCGAUGCGUGCGUCGAAGAGUCUGGGGCGACGCGAGAGAAGCCGGUGUACGCGCGAGUGCGCGCCGCGCCGCGCUGGCUCGAAGGAAGACUUCACGACGCCAUGGAUCGCAUUAUCGAUGCGCGAGGGGACACACUCGCGUGCAAGCCUUUGGGCGGCGGUAUAACGACUCGCGACUGUACGCAUUGCAUCGAUGCGGUUAACUUAUGGGAUCGCGCUUACGUAGGAGUGUGGAAAACGAGCGGGAUUUACGAGACGAUGGAGGUGACCGGGAGCGCGCCGACGCAGGUACUACCAGAAAUAGACGCCCCGCAAUUGCCGCCGGCUGGCGAGGCGUCGAUGGACGAUUUGGCGUUUUACUUCCCGUUAAAGCUCCAAGACUAUCGCGUCGAGGUUAAGCCAUUGUGUCGCGCGUACUUCAAACUUCAUGAAGCGUUGCUCCGCGGGCGCGUGCCGAUUGAAGGCGAUUGGAACUGUGUAGACAUCGGUGCCGCUCCGGGCGGUUGGACGCAAGUAUUGAGCGAGCGUUUGACGACCGGUUGCGUAUGGGCGAUCGACCCGGCAGAGAUUACGCUCAACCCGUUUCCGACCACUAUGACGCACUUGCGAGUGCUCGCUGAAGACGCUGUGGAAACCGUGCGCGAAGGAUUACAAUCGACGGCAAGUGGAGAGCUUCGAUUAGUCGUAUGCGACGCAAACAUGCACCCUGAGGCAUGCUUGCGAAUUGCACUCGACUUUUCCACAAAAUUCAGCUCGAUGAAGGAGUCUUGGUUGGUUAUGUCGACGAAGAACUUUUGCAAACGCCGAGAAAAUUGGUUAAAGGUAAUCGACACGUGCAUAGAGCAGUGUCGUGAUGCUGGGUACGAUGAUGUGUUCGUCGAGCACUUGUUUUCGAAUUGUUCGGAGGAAAAAACACUGUUUGCGCGACGUAAGGGGAAGGAUUAG